AUGGAUGAACCGAAGAAAGACCUGGGUCUCUCUGUACCUGGUCAAACACCUACGGAUUCAUCUCAAGGCGAGAUCAUUUUAUCCGAAAAUGGAAUUGUCCGCCAUCCGCAAGCUGUGCAGAAUGAUGCAUUGGAUCCUCUGAACUGGUCAAGUUUCCAGAAGCAUACUAUUCUCGCCAUAGUCAUGGCACUAUACUUCAUGUUCACGUACAUCACGACUACUACGGUUCCUUCGUUUCCAGCAUUACAGGAGCAAUACGAUCUUAGCGCUGAGGAGGUUAAUUGGACUGUCGCAAUCCCCGCAUUAGGACUUGCUCUUGGUCCAUUAUUCUGGUCUUCCUUCGCAGACAUAAUCGGUCGACGUGUCAUCUUCAUAUGCGGUACCGUUGUCGCAAUGGCUGCCAGCAUCGGAGCAGCAUUGGCACCGAACUAUGGCGGAUACAUGGCUGCUCGUUUCUUCCAGGGGUUUGGCGUUAGCCCCGCGGCGACUGUUGGUCUCGCAAUCCUCAACGACGUCUUCUUCGAACAUCAACGUGGACAGAAGAUGGGUUUAUGGGUACUUGCCAUCGAUCUUGGUCUUCUCGUCGGCCCUCUGAUCGGAGGUUUCAUUGGCCUUGUAAGCCACACUUGGAUCCAGUGGCUCUGUGUGAUCUUGUUCGGAGCCAUCUUAGUGGCCGAGAUCGUUUUUCUUCCGGAAACGCUCUAUCCGCGUAAUUUCAUGCUCGCCCAAGAGCCCGCUGGAGACGCUGUUGCGGUGACCGACGAUGAGAAAGCACUUAGUGUUGAGGGUGUGGGGAACAUGACAAGCAAGAAAGAAGUCACAAGAACGAAAAAGCUAGCCUUCCUUAACCUGAAGCCUGUGCCAGCGUUGAAGCAUCCUCAGCCGUGGGCUUCACUCUUGAGGUUCCUGAUGAUGUUCAAGUUUCUAGCGGUCACCAUCACGACGAUGGUGUUCUGUUACGGUUGGUAUUGGUAUAUUCUGGCCGUCACAACCAUGUUCCCGGUUGCGUAUGCGCAGUAUUCGCCACAAAUACAGGGACUCCUUUUCCUGGGUCUCAUCAUCGGAAGCCUGGUCUCGGAACUAUUCUUCUCUGGCGCAUUGAGUGAUCGGAUCGUUCUGAAAGCCGCUAAAGCCAACAAUGGUAUUCGCACUGCCGAAAGCAGACUUUGGCUGGCGUAUCCUGCUAUCCUGCUCUCCAGCGUGGGUUUAAUUCUAUGGGGCAUCAGUGUAGACCGACAAUACCACUGGAUGUUGGUGCUGGCGUACAAAUGGGAAACACUGUGA